GGGAAAUCGGGAAGGGAAAACAACCAACAGCAAUCUGCAAAUCAUAUGCAGAAGAGCCUCACUCGCAUAUGGAUAUGAGAUUUCAGAUUUUCGUGACCAUAUCCGGUUGCCAGUCAGCAGUUGCAACUGCAAUUGCAGCUUCCAUCACAACAAUAGCAAAAACCAAAAGACGAAAUGCGGAGUGAACUGAAAACGCAACUUGGGCUUUGGGGGCCCAUGGAAAUUGCAUCUGGGCAUUCGCCAUUGUUGCCAUAGGGAUUUUGUUGGGCCCGGGGGGUGUACAACACAGGGGGGAAGUUGCGUAAAACGAUGAUAUAUUCACAGUAGAUCGGGCGAUAACAUCAAUCUAAAGAUGAUGUGGAAAACAGAAGGUUCAAAUGAUGUCCCUAUAAGGUUACAUUCAUACAUACUUACAUACAUAUAUAGGUUGUUUUCUAAUCUAGCAAAUAAUGUUUCAAUUUACAUUAUCAUAAAUGAUUAAUAUUAUUAAGACUCCACAAUGGCUUGGCCUAAAAUAAUCCACCAUUUGAUUCUGUGUUUUGAAUCCAAAUUAAAUUUGUUUGUUUUUGUUUUGAUUUACAUCCAGUGUUGUAUAAGUUUUUCAUGUACUGCGUAUGUUUGUGUCCAUCUUAUCUUGUUUAUCUAGUAUUGUACAAUUAGGUUAAGUGUUGUUGGAAUAAGUUAGAUAUAUCCAGUGCUGUAUAAUAUUUUCAUACCUACAUAUUUAUCUAGUAUUGCAUAAUUCAUUUUAGUGUUUAAAUAAGUUUAGAUAAAUCCAGUAUUUUUUAACUUGCCGAUGAACUUAGCUGUGAUUGGCCGAAAGUGGGAACCCUAACCUCAUGUUCUAGAAAGCGAAUUGCCAACAAAUUUCAAGUAAGCAGUGCCUUCUUUCAUCUCGAAUGUCAUUUGGAAUUGCCUGAGCUCUAUUCAGUUUCGUAUACCUCCGGAUUACACGUACUAACGUUUGAAAAAAACAUAAAAUUCCAAUCAAAAUGCCACACAAAAAAUUUCCUAGAAUGUCACAGGCGCAACUCAAACGUUUGAUCAAAUCACAAAAUCAGAACAUAGCAACGGCCGCGUGUAUUUUGGAACCACCAAAAAUUAUCCAGCAGCCGUCGAUGAGGCAGUCCAUCAUGCCACCGAACCCUGCCUAUACCAAGAAACAGCGCAAGAAUGCGCCUGGAAAGGUGCCAGUGCAGGGGCUAGACCACGUGGUGCCGGAGGACAAUGUGAAACAGCCUAAUCCAACCAAGCAGAUGCAACGCAAUCGCAAGAAUCCAUCGUUGCAACACAAUGGCAAUGAAGCAUCCAAGCAGGAGAAGCCCAAUCAGCAGGACAAGGGCCGUCCCAAGCAGAUGCAGCCGCUGUAUUCAAGCGUUGUGGCCAAUAAGCAAGACGGGGCUACCGCAGUGAUCGGUCCUCCACCCAAGGAGGGCUCAUCUGGCAAUCAAACUGGAUCGUACUGUCACUAUGACAAUGUUUCGGGCGAAGGUCAGGAGUUGCCGGAUAGCAGCUCAUCAUCCGCCACGCUCACUUGGCCCAGUCAAUCGGUUAAAAGUCAGGGGUUCUUCGGAACUAGCGAUUCUUCAGCUGACCCAUUCAGCAUGCAGAAUCUGAAGAAGAUUGCCCAUGAUUUUUUCUCAUAUCCGGAGUUUUAUUCACCGGAGGCCAGCGAAACCAUUGACACUGCCAAUGGUUCCAACAAAGCUGAGCCCCCGAAGACGGAAUCCCAGCCGGGUCUCAACUCUUCGCCGAGAGGCUCUGUCUUGGGUGCCGAUAGGUCGGGCCAUGCUCAAUCGACUGCGGAUGGCACCAAUUCUCGCCGGAAGGAUGUUCCAUUGGAGGAGGCCUUCAUGACCGUAAUCCGCAAUCUGCGCGAAAAUUAUCCGGGCAACGUGAACAGUGAACAGAAUACGACUUUCACUUCAAAUUCCCCGAAUUUCCAAUUUAAUGGCUACCAAUCGGAGUACGAUUUCGGCUCUAAUCCCGAUUCCUAUUACAACGCUCAAUCGACAGUGGGCCUGCCAUCCGCUUACGGCUUUCCUCCUACUGGUUUUCCGAUGUCCCAGCAGUCAGGCUUCAUGCCAAAGCAUAACCAAACGUCGCCGGCUCAAGGUUCCAAUCCAAAUCAACCGCCAUUGAUUAGCGAAACUUAUCAGGCCGAAUUGCAGCAGCAUCCUCGCUGGCCGGUGUAUAUUCCGGAAUAUGUUUCGCAAUUUAUGUUCGGUGAGCCACAGGACGCCAAUGCCAGCUGCUCUCGUAACGCAAACCACGGCAACACGAUGUAAAAAAGAAUCCGGAGGGAAAUCGGAAUAGGGUAGCAUUCAAAAAUCUCUUCAUCACUCAAUACCAUUUGAAAAAAAUUGCUAAUGUAACACACAAACCAAUUCCGUAAUCCUAAUGAUUUAUUUUGCAUCUAUGUAUUAAUAAACAUUUGUAAUGUUACAAAUAUUUUCCAUAUAUUUGUAAGCCAAUUACACUUAACCAUCUUUUGUAAUGAUGCAACCGAAGAUAAACAAAUUGUACGCAUCCGAACUACCUCGACUAGAAUUUAUGUAAAUGUCAUAUCAUUCGAAUGCACACAGAAAUGACAUCAAAUUUCACUUUCAAUUCGGUUGGAAGAAAGUGAAAAACAGGCGAAAAGAUGUGAAUGAACAAAUCGACCAGCUUACAACAACCAACAAUUGAAAUAAAGGAAAAAAUCAACUAGUCAGCGUCGAUUGUUUGGCGGACAGUUUGGUUUUCUACUAUUACCAAACCAAUGGCAACAAAAGGGGUUCGGUUUUUUUUGUUUUGUUGCCCAAGUAAAAAUAAGAAAUCAAAUAAGAUGAGUUGCCUUAUAAAGUGUUAAGAUAGCAGUUGUCAUCUGUAUGAUUUCCUUUUCCAUUAUGAUUAGAAUUUUGGCUUAAGCUCGUUAUAUAAUCAAAGAUAUUGAUAACACCUGCGAAAAGGCAAUUGAUGAAAACACUUACGAUUGAUUGAUAUACUUAAUGUAAUUACAUUUACUUAUAUGACUUUAUAUACAAGCUAGUGUAUUAGCUUGUCAAAUCAUUUAUUAUAGAAAGCGUUUUGGUCAUUGAACGCGGUGAAUUAUUCAAGUAGUUUGGAUAUCAAAAUUAUUAGUGUAAAUGCAAAAGGGUAAUUAAAUUGUGAAGGGGUAUUUAUUUACAUAUCUUUGUAAUUACUCUGUAAUCGUUAGAGUUUGUUGCGCAAUCUUGAACAUGGAGAAAACUAUAUCUGAUCUGAACAAAGAUCAGAUUUGUGCCAAAGACUUACGUUACCUCUUGGUGAUAUAAUAAUUAGCAUUAGUGAAAUAUUUAUUUUAUUUAUUCAUUCGUACAUUGUAGACAAUAGUUUUAAACUAAUGCUACAAUAGUUAUAGCUUUAGCCGGACUUCUUUAAUCAUUGUCAUUGUCAUCAUUUCUUUGCUGAAUAUAUAUAUGAAUUAUUUUAUAAUAAAUCAAAGGUCGUAUACAAAUACAUGCGAUCUAACCCUUA